AUGUUUACACAGCACGUCACAUCCGGCUACCCAAAGAGGACCCCUCUACCCAGCAGGCAGCGCCGCGGACACCUAUCGCCCAUCGAGGACCCAGCAGGCAGCGCCGCGGACACCUAUCGCCCAGCGAGGACCCAGCAGGCAGCGCCGCGGACACCUAUCGCCCAGCGAGGACCCAGCAGGCAGCGGACCCCUCUACCCAGCAGGCAGCGCCGCGGACACCUAUCUCCCAGCGAGGACCCCUCUACCAACAGGCAGCGCCGCGGACACCUAUCGCCCAGCGAGGACCCAGCAGGCAGCGCCGCGGACACCUAUCUCCCAGCGAGGACCCCUCUACCAACAGGCAGCGCCGCGGACACCUAUCGCCCAGCGAGGACCCAGCAGGCAGCGCCGCGGACACCUAUCUCCCAGCGAGGACCCCUCUACCAACAGGCAGCGCCGCGGACACCUAUCGCCCGGCAGGGCAAGCCAGGCAGCGCCGCGGACACCUAUCGCCCAGCGAGGACCCAGCAGGCAGCGCCGCGGACACCUAUCUCCCAGCGAGGACCCCUCUACCAACAGGCAGCGCCGCGGACACCUAUCGCACAGCGAGGACCCAGCAGGCAGCGCCGCGGACACCUAUCGCCCAGCGAGGACCCAGCAGGCAGCGCCGCGGACACCUAUCGCACAGCGAGGACCCAGCAGGCAGCGCCGCGGACACCUAUCGCCCAGCGAGGACCCAGCAGGCAGCGCCGCGGACACCUAUCUCCCAGCGAGGACCCAGCAGGCAGCGCCGCGGACACCUAUCGCCCAGCGAGGACCCAGCAGGCAGCGCCGCGGACACCUAUCGCCCAGCGAGGACCCAGCAGGCAGCGCCGCGGACACCUAUCGCCCAGCGAGGACCCAGCAGGCAGCGCCGCGGACACCUAUCGCCCAGCGAGGACCCAGCAGGCAGCGCCGCGGACACCUAUCGCCCAGCGAGGACCCAGCAGGCAGCGCCGCGGACACCUAUCGCCCAGCGAGGACCCAGCAGGCAGCGCCGCGGACACCUAUCGCCCAGCGAGGACCCCGCUCUCAGAGCCUGGUUUGGCGCGAUAUGGCGGGCUGGUAAUUAGCUGCAGACAAUCCGCCUCCAUCCUCCCGCCCUGCAGCUCCCACACAUCGGGAACACGGAGCCCCGGCCACCCGGACAGCAACAGCAUCGCCCCCAGGUAG